CGACUGCCGAGGCGCCGAUGCGGAGGAAAAGAGCAGCAGCGACGCGCAGAAAAGGGUAGUGAAAUAUCUCUCUCCACACGCCCGCACACCCCGCGACCGCGACCUCCCCGCCGAGCUCUCCUCUCCCUCUCCGUCGCCGAUGGCAUCUCAGAGCUCCACGCCCGCGGAGGCCGCCACGCCUUCGCCGGUGGCCGCAUCCACCGGAGAGGCGGCUCCGAGCGCUGCUUCUGAAACGCCGGCACAAAACCCUACCGCUGCCGCGACCGCGGCGGCCGGGGGCACGGAUCUGGAGAAGAAGAUGCGCCGCGCGGAGCGGUUCGGCACGCAGGUGGUGAUGUCUGAGGAGGAGAAGCGCAGCAGCCGCGCCGAGAGAUUCGGGACUGGGUCUUCAAAUGUAAAGGAGGAAGAAAAGAAAAAGUCCAGGGCUGAGAGGUUUGGUCUUGCCUCGCCCUCAUCUGAUGAAGAGGCUAAGAAAAAAGCCCGUUUAGAACGAUUUGGUCAGGGUGCAAAUGUUGACAAGGCAGAGGAAGAAAAAAGAAAGGCGCGAGCUGCUAGGUUUGCAGAAACAUCCAGUGGAUCACCUCGAGAAAAUGGCAAGGGCAACUCCAAGCCGGACGCAGCUACUGUGGCAGGCACAGCAUGAUCGAAGCACUCUGCCUUUGAUGAGGUCUCAGAUAUUUUCCUUGGAGACUUUGGUGAAGCCAUAUUUUGUACACCACUAACUGCAUGAACGGGGCGUGUUUCCCAGCCCCGGCCAUCUUAGAGAUGUUUGCUUUGUAUGACUCUACUUACGGUGCUUAGCUGGGCAGUGUAGCUAAUUUGCUGCCUGGUUUAUGGAUGGUGGUCAUGUACCUUCUGUUUCCAUCUAAUUUGGCGACGAUGGCUUCGUUUCCGUGUACUCUAGAUGGUGUUGUCAACUGUUGGAAGACACAAAUCAGCACUUGUUUAUCGUGUCCCUUCGUCCUGCCUGCUACAAAAUGGGAUAUGGAGGCCCAUGUCAUGGUGCAUGCUGGUGCGAUGCCGGUGCAGUGGGCGAAUGGUCCUUAAAAAAAGGGUCGGCGUGCAUUCAGCACAAUGCCAUUGGCCUUUUUCUGACAAGCGUAUCACGUUGUAUGCUAUUCAGAAACAGAUAAGCUACCAAGAAUUCCAUUA